AUGAUCGAACAUAAAUGUUGUGAAUAAAUAAAAUAAUAAUAAUAAGAACAUUAAUAAUUAAUGCUUUAAGCAUAAAAACAAUUUGAAGAAGAAAAGAAAAAACUCGAAUAUUAAUAUAUUUAAAUGAAUGAAUAGCUAAAUUAAAUAAAAUAAGAGUAUGAAGAGAAACUAAAUGAAUUUGAAUUUUUAUUAAAAGAAUCUUAAGAAAAAAUAUUAUAACUUCAAACUUAAUUUGCAGAUGACCCUCUAAUAAAAACGAUCUAAGAAAAUCCAGAAAUCUUGAAAUUUUUAAAUGAAAAAAUUCAAAAUGAAGUCGAAUAAAAAGAUGUAGAGAAUUUAAUGGAAUAAAAAAUAAUUGAAAUCGAAGAAUAAAAUGAAUAAAAAGAUAAAAUAAUAAAAUAAAUGGGUGAAAAUAUUUAAUUAAAAGACUUAGAAAUAUAAAAAAUGGAAGAAUUAAUAGAAAAAUUCAAAUCUUUGUUUUAACAUAUGAAUGAAGAAAAAAAUAUCUUAACUGAAGAAAAUGAAAGAAUAAAUAAUGAACUAGAAUAAUUUAAAUAAUUAUUUACUGAAAAUUUACAUUUAUUUAAUAUUGAUUAAAAUAAUAUAAAUGAAAACUAAGAAAAUGAGAAUGAUUAAGAGUAUAAUUAAAAUUAAGAAGAUUACGAGUAAUAAUAAGAAUAUGAUUAAUAGUAAGUAGAAUACAAUUAAGAAUAGGAUGGAGAAUACUAGAAUAAUGAUCAAAAUGAUGAAAGUGAUUUAUAUGAAGAAUAAAAUUAAGUUUAAGAAGAAGACUAAGAUUAAGAUUAAGAUUAAUAAUGA